AUGUCAGACGAAAGAAGGUGCUAUUGCAGAUAGUACGUGCGCGGUCGUUGUUGUGAGAAAAUUAUGUGUUGAACAAAAACAUUGGAUUGUUGAAGAUGCGCGAGCACCUAUGCUUAGUUUAAUUACAGUAAAUUUAGUUGUGUAAAGUUGAGUGAGUGAGAGCACAACACAAGUAAAUAAACGAAUGACAACGCGACUAUUUAAUUCCAAUUGUCAAAUUUGUGACUAAAAACAAGCAACAAAUAAACUACCCUGUGACUGUGAAAUAAUUAUACACACCACCAGAAUAGUACGCCCCCUCCCCCGCCCGCAGUGUAUGGCGCCAAUCCAAAUAAAUACGUGCAUGUAAAAGAAAACAACAAAAACAAUAAUUAUUAUAUAAAAGAAAAGACACAACUCCCUGGCGAGCUCCCACAACAAUUGUUAGCGACUCCAUGAGGUGAAUGCACUACGAGCUCGAACUUAAUUUUAGCGCUAAUUGUAGAGUUCAAGCGGCAAGAUGCCGUCGCUGCGCCAAAAGGUCACCACGUACUUUCGUCAAUUGAGCUUUAUAGCUGAACCACGCGAUGGGCGACGUCGCGUCAAUGGCAAUGUGGAGGAGGAUGAUGGCAGCUUUAUAACCAAAUACUUAGAAGGUCGCAUGCAGCGCGAGUUCUUGGCUGGCGGGCCAGAGAUCUACAGCGGGCAGCAUCCGACAGACAUGCCCGUGCUUAAGCUGGGGCAGUAUGACACUGGUCCGGAUAGCAUUAUAGCCGCCUGCACAGGCCCGGAUGAGGGACUGACAGGCAUUAAGCGCUCCAAGCUGCACUUAAGCGCCAGCUAUGCGGAUGAUAUAGAUUUUAUAGACACGCAGCAGGAGAACGAGGACGCCUACAAUGUGCGCAAGAGCACUUGCACGCCAGCAGUGCCAGCCCUGAGCUCUGCGACACGUCUGAGCAACAAAUUUGCGCGUCCCACUGGCUCCAGGCGACAAAGUAAUGCAGAUCAAUCCACAACAGUCUCAUCCACUGCAGGCACUGCUGGCAUGCGCUCACGCAAGAACUCCAAGAGCAGUAUAAGUGCCACCACAGCCACCACAGAAAAGAGCAGCAGUGGCAGUGGCGGAGACGGCAAGGCCACCACCAUAGUGGUGAGCAUGGUUAGCAGCAGCACUGCUCAAGAUCAGAACAAUAAGAAUCUCUUGAAUGGAAAGACUGAAUCUGCCUCGGCAGCAGCUGGUGACGUCACCUCCGAGCGUGAGCGUCUGCUGCGCGAGGCUGUGAGCAAUCAAAGCGGCAAUCCCGUCAGCAGCAGCAGCGGCAAUGAUGCCACAACUCUCACAUUGAGCACGCCCGUGGCUGGCGUGCAAAACUGGCAAAUGGACUGCGACUUUGCUUAUGGCAUUUCCGUCUCGCUUUACGAGAACAACAUGCUGACCAAGGAGCCCAUGGGUAGUCCCAUUGCCGAUUGCUUUGGCUGUGUAGUGCGCGGCGAUGCGUCCGCCAUGGCCAUGGCCGAUGGCGUUAAUUGGGGUGAUGGUGCACGCUUGGCUGCUCGCUCCGCCGUACACGGGUGUUUGGACUAUCUGGAUCGGGCAGUGUUUGGUCAGGCGCACGAGUGUCGUGCCACCACCACGCAGGAGGUGUUUGUCAGCUUGCUGCGCAGUCUCUGGGAGGGACAUGGCUGCAUUUUGGAAGUGGGUGGUGCUUUAUCGACGCUCACAAUUGCUGUGGUGCUGCCGCUGGAUGGUGCACCGGGCAAGUAUGUGGUGUGCGCCUGCAAUGUGGGUGAUUCGCUGGGCUAUGUGUACUCCAAGAAGCAUGGCGUGCGUGAGUUGACGCAAGCAUCGCAUGACAUUAGCUCCAUGCGUGAUAUGCGCGAUGCCUUGGGCGCCUUGGGUCCUGCGGAUGGCAACAAACCCGAGCUGAGCAAUCUUACCUUCUCCAUGAGCUGCGUUGAACGCGGCGAUAUAGUUUUCCUCACCUCGGACGGCAUCAGCGAUAAUUUCGAUCCAGUUGUAGGCAAGUUUGCGGAAGCCUGGACGCCGGAUGUUAAGCUGCAGCAGGCAACGAAGCUAGCGCCCAAGCGUCAAAACAAAAGUGCGUCUGCCAUCUAUGCACGCUUGCAUCCAGCCUCGGCUACGCCGCCCACGCGCACACGUCAGCCCAAGGCUGGCAGUCCGCCCAGCAGCGUGCCCAGUCGUCCCAAAUAUAUGCGCUCCCAGACUUUAAUCGAAGCGCGACAAGGCUCUGUUGCAUCACCAACUCCAACUCCAGCGCUGCAACGCAUACCCAAGUCAGUCAUGGGCUUGCCACUGGUCACCGGACCCCAGCGACAUGCGCUCACACUCUAUCGCUUGGAGGAUCUGCUUAGUUACGGCAUCAACGGCACCUUCUCGCCAUGCGCAUCUGCGCGUCGUCUCUGCCAUUUGCUCAUUGAUUUUGUGCGCAUGAUUACCUCAGCUCGUCGCAAGACGCUCGAGCAGCGUGAACUCUUCUUUAAGCUCUCAACGGGACCGGAUGGGGUGAAGCGUGAGGUGGAGCUGAAUCGCAUGCAGCAUAGAGCUGCACGCAAGCGCAUUGUAGACAGCAGCACCUUUAGCGCAUUGCCCGGCAAACUGGAUCAUGCCACUGUGCUGGCUUAUACAGUGGGUGGCAUAGAGUCAGAUGCCACUGAAGCUGACGGCGGUGGUGGCAAUGGAAAUGUAGCGCCUUUCUUGCAGUCCAAGGAGUUUAAGGAAACCAAUUUCUAAACUGCCUACAUACUUAUAAACUUUUGCACCACAUUUAUACAUCAUAUACCAUAUAGAUUAUCUACAUAUGUACGUAAUUUUAUCGAGAGCUGCUUAUUUGUUUAAUUUUAAUAUUAUUGUUUUCGUUUAAGUUGUUGCUUGUUUACAUUUAAUUCUCAUUGCAUGUCAGCCAUAGUCUUUAGCCAUUUCAAUAUGCACAUGCUGCAAUUGCAACGUGACCAAAUGCCUCAAAUGUUUUAAACUACCAAAUUGUAAUUAAUAUUUUUACACCUUAAACUCGAACUAAGCAUAAGCAUAAUAUAUGUAUGUAUGUAUGUAUGUACGUGUCGUAAACGCACAGUGUAAAUGCCUUAAGAUCUGUGCAAAAACGGGCCUCAAGCAAUUACAAGUCUAAAUAAAAUGCAUACAACAAAAGCGCUUUUACACUAAACAAAUACGCUCUUUUA